ACUUCCGGCCGGGCGGCAGGCGGCGAGCCUCGCUUCCUGCGGCGCUCCGAGUGACGUAAACGAGCGCGCCGCGCAGCGUGGACCGAGGGCAGUACUGGGGCGCAUGGAGGUCAGCGGCGGAGUUCGCGGUAGCGGCGGUGGCGGUGGCGCCGGCUUUGGAGUCACUUGCUAGGAGGCUCCCCUCGCUGCCGCCCGGGCCACCAUGGCCGCUCGACUGGUGAGGCGAUGCACAUGCCUCCUAAGGGAGGCCACCCGCCUGGCCCCUGCUGUGUCCCCCGUCAGCCAGCUGAGACUCCCCCAGGGAACCCAGAAGCCGCUGACUUCCUCAGCUACCUCGCCCAGCUCCCGCCUCCCAGGUCCCUUGUCAGAGCUUGUGGAGAAGGAACAGGUGUUUGCUCCCUAUCCUGGGCGCCAGGAGGUGGAGCAGCUCAUCGAGAAGGCCACCCAGCCCGAGGAGCUCCUGGAGCUUCUGGGGGGUGGUCACUGUCUGCAGCAGAACCACGCCGCCCUCGCGCUUAUCCAGCUCUCUCGCCUACUCUCUGAGAAGCCAAAAGACAAAGCCACACUCAUACAGGAUGCUCGCUUUUGGCAACUUCUCCAUCUUGUCAACAGCCAGAUAACUGUAAUCUGGCAUGGGACCCUUGUGAAGCUGCUCCGGAGCCUCUACGCACUGGGGCUCCCCGCCACCUCCAAGGAGCUGCGGUCAGUGGAGCAGGAGGUCCGCUGGCGCAUGCGCAGGCUCAGGUACAAGCAUCUGGCCUUCCUGGCCGAGUCCAGCGCCACCUACAUGCAGGAGCAGGGCUCCCAGGAGCUGCUGGCUGAGCUGCUUGUGCACCUUGAGCGGCGCUGGGCAGAAAUUGAAGACAAACGCACGGUGGUGGCCAUGAUGAUGAAAACUGGGCAUCUUUCGGAGUCUCUGAUGAACCGCCUGGAAGACAAGUGCCUGGAGCUGGUGGAGCAGUUUGGCCCUGAGGAGCUGCGGAAGGUGCUGGUGACCUUGGCGGCUCAGAACCGGAGAUCGGUGCCCUUGCUGCGGGCCAUCUCUUACCACCUGGUCCAGAAGCCAUUCCCCUUGACUAAAAGCAUCCUCCUGGACCUGGCCUAUGCCUAUGGCAAACUCGGCUUCCACCAGACCCAGGUGUUCCAGCGCCUGGCAGCCGACUUGCUGCCCCACACGCCAAGCAUGACGUCCAGCGAGGUAGCCCGCUGCACCAAGUCCUUCGCCUUCCUUAAGUGGCUCAACCUGCCCCUGUUUGAGGCCUUCGUCCAGCACGUCUUGGACAGAGCCCAGAGCAUCACUCUGCCACACCUGUGCAACAUGCUGCUGGCUUUCGCCCGUGUGAACUUCCGUCCAGAGCGGGAGGAUCCAUUCUUCAGCCUGGUGCAUGAGAAGCUGGGGUCAGAGCUGGUGGGCCUGGAGCCAGCCCUGCAGGUGGACGUGGUGUGGGCCCUGUGUGUGCUGCAGCAGGUGCAGGAGGCCGAGCUGCAGGCUGUGCUCCGCCCUGAAUUUCACGCCCAGUUUCUAGGUGGCAAGUCCUCAAAGGAUCAAAGCACCUUCCAGAAGCUGCUGCAUAUCAAUGCCACUGCCCAGCUGGAGCAGCACCCUGAAUACACAGGACCCCUUCUGCCUACCUCAGCCUUGGUCCCCAGUCCCUCGGCCCUUGAACAGAAGAUGACCCCAUUGCAGAAGGAGCUGCAGGAGACGUUGAAGGGGCUGCUGGGGAGUGCCGACAAGGGCAGCUUCAUGGUGGCCACGCAGUAUGGCUGGGUUCUGGAUGCUGAGGUACUGCUCGACACCGAGAGCCAACUCCUGCCCCUGAGGGACUUUGUGGCCCCCCAUCUCGCCCCCUCCUCUGGCAGCCAGCCACUCCCCCCUGGGGCCAAGAGGCUAGCCUUCCUUCGCUGGGAGUUCCCCAACUUCAACAGCCGAAGCAAAGACUUGCUGGGGCGCUUCGUGCUGGCCCGGCGCCACCUGCUGGCCGCUGGCUUCCUGCUGGUCGACGUCCCAUACUAUGAGUGGAUGGAACUCAAGUCUGAAUGGCAGAAGAGCGCCUAUCUCAAGGACAAGAUGCGCAAAGCCGUGGCAGAGGAGCUGGCCAAAUGACCUGCCCCAUAGCAAGGACUGUGUGCCCAGGGGGCCGGACUUCUCCAGAGGCCUAGCCAUGGGCACUGGGUGGGCAAGAGGUGGCAUGCUCUAGGACAGACCUCAGUGCAGGACCUUGGCGUUGGAAGUGGGGAAGUGGGCCGGUGGCCAGCAUCUCUGAGUAGCAGGUCAUUCUCUCAUGAGUAAUAAAUUCUUAAUCAACUGCCCAACUAUCCCGGCUUCUCUGCCACCCACAGAGGAUCCCUCUCAUAUACAUUUGUGCACGGCUGGCCUGUUGCUCGGAAGCCUGCAGUCAGCCCCCGUACAGGCUGAGUCCUGGAGUUCUGAACGUCAGCAUGUGAGGACCUUCCCGGGGAGGCCAGUUGGGUUUUCAGUGCAUGGCAUCCUGGGAGGUCCCCUCCCAUCCGAUGGUCUUGGGUGAGUGGGGCACCCUGGCGGCCUGUGCUGCCAUGUGGUAUAAGUGCCAGUCCCUCAGGAGGCACUGGCUCUGAGAAGAAGAAAGGAGUGUACUUGACUGACACUGCAGGGCCAGAAGAGACCCCUUGCUGUCCUUACACCUGGACCAGAGUGCCAUGGUGGUGUGCCGCCGCUGUGGUAACCAUCUGCCUAAGGAGCCCAGAGCCCCCUUCACCACAUCAGCAGCAGCGUUACAAGGACUUCCCCGGCAGUGUAGGGCUUAAGACUCCUUGCUUCCACUGCUGGGGGCCCAGGUUCAAUCCCUGGUUGGGGAACUAAAAUCCCACAAGCCAAGUACCAAAGCCAAAAUAAAGGCUUUCUAGCUUCUAGUCCGUCAUAAGAGACUUUGCUGUGGAGCUGAGCAGAGAAGGGCCAUCUGGCUUCUCUGGGCCCCGCUUUCAACUCAUCCCCACUCCCUCCAAAGUGGUCCCUCAGAAAGCAAGUCACACAAGCUUUGGGUUAUUAGCUCACAGGAUGUGGGUGCUUGGCACUCGGAACAGGCUGGCUGAGGUUCUUGGCCCAGAGAACAAAACAGCCAAGAUGGCUUUUUGAAGCCGGUGACUCAGAGCCCAGACAAAGUGAGGGAGUGGAGAAGAGUAUACCAAAGUGAAGGGCCAGGAUGGACAAGCAUCAGGGGUGCUGAGCCAGUUUUGGGGACCUCUGGGAGCACCCACAAAGGAAAGCUCAUGUUCACCAUUCGGGAUCUGUGGCUUGUAGUUGAGAUACUUUUUCAGAUUGCCUGCAGCUGAGAGAAACUACACAGUGCUUCCUGUGCCCUCUGCCAGUUUCCUCAAAGGUGAUGGGCACAUAUCACACCAGGAUACUGACUGACAAGAAUAAAAGUCCAUGCGCAGGACACCUGCAUCACCACCAGGACACCUCAUGUUGCCCUUUAUAUUCAUACCUACCCCCUUGGCCUUGAGCCAACCGGUAGCUACCAACAUGUCCUCCAUUUCUAUUUUGUUACUUGGAGAAUGUUCCGUACAGGAAUGAUGUAGUAUAUGGAGAAUGUUCCGUACAGGAAUGUAGUAUAUGAAGUUUGGAAAUUGGAUUUCUUCAUAGGCACAGUUCUCUGGAGUUUGAUCCGGUAGGUCCUUCCUUGUUAUUGCUGUUAGACUGUGGUUCAGUCCCAUGUGUGGGUGUUUGUGUAAACCCAAGUUUUCAUUUCUCUGGGACAAGUGCCUGUGAGUACAGCUGCUGGGUCAUAAGGGAUUUAUAUGCUUCUUAAGAAAUCGCCACAGGGUUUCCCAAAGGUUCUGCACCACGUUACAUUCCCACCAACAGUGUGGGAAGCCAUGAAGUUCACGUCCCUGCCAGCCUAUGGCGUUCUCAAGCCGGAGCAGUUCCGAUGGGUGUGGAGUCAUCUUUUUACUUGCAUUUGCCUAAUGGCUAGGGAUAUGGAACACUUAACCUGACUUCUAGUCAUCUUGGUGGGUAUAAGGUGGUAUCUCACUGUGGCUUUGAUUUUCAUUUUUCCAUUAUGACUAAUGGUGUCUUUUCAUGUGCUUAUGGCCUAUUUACAUGUAAUUUUUGGAGACACACCUGUUCAAACCCUUUGUCCAGUUUUUAACUAGGUUGUCUUACCGAGUUGUAGGAGUUCUUUAUAUAUUUAGAAACAAAUCUCUUA